AUGGAGCCCUGGCAAUCCUGGAGUCUGUUCCUGACCCUCAGCAUCGCCGCCUACUUCUACUACAGCAACCAGAAGAAAACCGCGGUCCGCCCGGCUCGCAGCCAAUCCGUAGCCGAGGAAGCUGCCGUGCGUCCCGCUCGCAAAGAAGCCAAGCCGAAGCGCAAGACCGAGGCCGUCACUUCUGGAAGCGACGCCGCUAAGGCCAACGAGAAGAACCGCAACAAGAACAAAAAGGAGCAGAAGGUCGCGACCAAGGCUUCUGCCUUCGUUGCUCAGGUCGAAGCCGAUGACGACGACAAGGAAGACAAGGAGUGGGCUCGCCAGCUGGCCGAGCUCAAGAAGGGCACCAACCUUGCUCCACCGGAGCGCAAGUCUGGCGGCGCGGGCAGGACUGUCAAGCAGCGCGCUGCCAAUGCCGACCGUGCCUUCACCUCUGGCUCUUCUACCAACGGAGCCGAUGCCGACGCUGAGUUCUCUCCUGCCAUCUCCCCGGCUCUGAACGCCUCUGCGAGCAGCCGGGAUGUUUCGGACAUGCUGGAAGCGCCUGCUGCCGGCCCGUCCGUCAUCCGCCUCACCGAAUCAGCCAACCCAGCGCCUGCAAAGAAGCAACAGAAGAAGGUCGAGCCCGAGACCAAGGAGUCCAAGAAGCAGCGCCAGAACCGCAAGAAGAUUGAGCAGGCGAAGGCGCUGCGCGAGGAGGAGGAGGCAGCUCGCAAGGUCCUGAUGGAGCAGCAGCGCCGCGGCGCACGCGAGGCUCGUGGCGAGCCCGCCAAGAAUGGCCUCGGCGCCCCCACGUCCACGCCCAGUGCGUGGACUCAGAAGGAGAAGUCCAAGGCCAAUGGCAGUGGCGAUCUCCUCGACACGUUCGAGAAUGAGCCGUCCAACCUCGCGGCCAGCGGUACGUCGACCACCUGGGAGCGGGACCUUCCCUCGGAGGAGGAGCAGCUGCGCCUUGCCAUGGCAGACUCUACUUGGAGCACUGUUGAGACGAAGGGCAAGAAGGGCAAAAAGAAGACGGCCCAGGCCGAGCCGGAAUCCGAGCAGUAUGCGGUCAAGACGCCCGAGGUUCAGUCGCUGCCGCUUACGGAAACAACCAACACGUCGCGCUCCAACACCAUGUCCAGCGAUGUGGAGCCGACCAACGGGCUCCAGGGAUCGGCUGACAUCAGCGAUUACAUCCAGGGCCAGGUUGGCAGCCACCCGCAGGACUCGGAUUGGGCGGUCGUGUGA